AUGUCUGAAAAGAAGAUUGACUAUUUACCUUCAUUGUCAGAGGUAUAUGAUCCAUUAGACCCAGCUCAAAUUGCCAUAUUAAAGCAUCAAGUAGAAGUGGAAGGUGGUGACAGUGCAUCUUCUCAAACGAGAUUCAAUUAUGGCUGGGGGUUAGUGAAAUCUAAUGAUAAAGAAGAUCAAAGACUAGGCAUAACUAUAUUGGCAUCUAUAUACAAAGACUCUCCUAACAGAAGAAGAGAGUGUCUAUAUUAUCUGGCCUUGGGAUGUUGUCGUGCUGGAGAAUAUUCUGAAGCUCAUCGUUAUAUUGAAGCAUUAUACUCUCAUGAACCCACUAAUAGACAGGUCAUUUCCUUGAAGAAUGCUAUCGAAGAAAAAAUCAAAGAAGAAGCUUGGCGUGGAGGACUUGCUAUUGGGGCAACUGCAGCCGUUGGUCUUGCUGCAUUAGCUGCAUACAUUUCCAGAAGAAGACGUAAGUAA